AUGUUAAGAUUAGUUAGGGUUCAUCCUAUUUUAAAACCGUCGUAUACACGAUCGUUCCAUAGAUACCAACAUCCUCUUAAGGCAAUACAGCUUAUUCAAACGAAAAACAUUAUAAAUCUGCAUGCUUCAUUCAAUAGAUCAGUAUCCAAGUCGAUGAUUUUGCAACAGACUAGAUUCAAUUCAACUAAUGAAUCAUCUAAGGGCAUCAACACAAAGUUAACUGAAACUCAACAAAAGUUAGAAAAGUUGUCCAGCGAAGAAUCUACUAAUACUGGCUUCAAAGAUGUAAAACGUCUAUUUACGUUAGCAAAACCGGAAACUGCAUACAUUGUUCUUGCUUUAGUAUUAAUUUUGAUUUCAAGUACCGUGAGCAUGGUUGUACCAAGUGUCAUUGGUAAAUUGUUAGACUUAUCUUCAAAUACAAGUAAUGAUGACACAGGAGAUGCUAAAUCUAAAGAAAAAGUUGAUAACAAAGAAGAUAGAGAUAAUAACACUAUAUAUGGCUUUACCCAUACUCAGUUCUUUGCCGGUUUAGGUAUUGUGUUCGUUAUUGGUGCUAUUGCUAAUACUGGUCGUAUUGUGAUUUUGAAAGUAACUGGUGAGAAGUUAGUGGCUAGAUUAAGAACCAGAACAAUGAAGGCUGCUUUAGAUCAGGAUGCUACAUUUUUAGAUAGCAAUAGAGUUGGUGAUUUAAUUUCCAGAUUAUCAUCCGAUGCCUCUAUUGUCGCCAAAUCUGUUACCAUGAAUGUAAGUGACGGUACUAGAGCCAUUUUACAAGGUUUUGUCGGUUUUAGCAUGAUGAGUUAUAUUUCAUUUAAGUUGACCUCGGUAAUGGUGUUGUUAAUACCUCCAUUAGGCAUUAUGGCGUUAGUUUAUGGUAAAAAGAUCAGAAAUCUUUCCAGGCAAUUACAAACAGCUGUUGGUGGAUUAACAAAAGUUGCAGAAGAACAGUUAAAUGCUACAAAAACCAUUCAAGCAUAUGGUGGUGAAAAAAAAGAAAUUAGAAGAUAUGCAAGCGAAGUCCGUGAUGUAUUUGACGUUGGUUUGAAAGAAGCUAUAACAUCUGGUAUUUUCUUUGGUUCUACCGGAUUAGUAGGAAAUGCGGCAUUGUUAUCUUUAUUAUUAGUAGGUACCAAUAUGAUUUCAAGUGGUAGUUUAACGGUCGGUGACUUGUCAAGUUUUAUGAUGUAUGCGGUGUACACUGGUAGUUCAUUAUUUGGUUUAUCUAGUUUUUACUCUGAAUUAAUGAAAGGUGCUGGUGCAGCCGCCAGAGUCUUUGAACUAGAUGAUAGAAAGCCAUUAAUCAAACCUACGAUAGGUAAAGAUCCUGUCACGCUAAAGGGAAAAGCCAUCAUUUUCCAAGACGUUUCGUUCCACUAUCCAACAAGACCGAACCAUCGUGUUUUCAAUAAAAUAAGCUUUAAGAUCGAACCUGGUGAGCAUAUCUGUUUUGUUGGGCCAUCUGGUAGUGGUAAAUCCACUGUUUCGCAACUGUUAUUGAGAUACUACGACGCUACUGAAGGUAAUAUCUUAAUUGGUGAGGAUAACAUCAAAUCUUUGAGUUUAAGAAAAUACCGUAAGUUGCUUGGUGUGGUACAACAAGAGCCAAUGCUAUUCAAUGGGACAAUUAUUGACAACAUUUUGUAUAACGUUCCCGAUGAGAUUGCUAGUCAAAAGAAUAAAGUGGAUCUUGCAAUUAAAAAGUCCAAUUGUACCAAGUUUUUAGCUAAUUUCCCAGAUGGAUUGAACACGAUAGUGGGACCACGAGGCACACAGCUCUCCGGUGGUCAAAAGCAAAGAAUUGCAAUUGCUAGAUCAUUUCUACUGGAUCCUAGUAUAUUGCUUCUAGACGAGGCCACUAGCGCUCUGGACACGCAGAGCGAGGAUAUCAUUGCCAUGACCUUGAAGAAGAGAGAAGCCGAGGGCCUAACAACGAUCUCGAUCGCACACAGACUGUCCACAAUUAAGUACAGCAGCCGUGUAGUUGUGCUGAACAAGAACGGCAGUGUAGUGGAAACCGGCAAAUUCACAGAGUUGAUAGCGAACCCUACUAGUGAGCUGAACCUACUGUUGUCGAAAGAGGGACAGGAACCAGCCUACGUGGCGGCCGACGUCGCAGCCGAAACGCCAGCCGAGGCACCAAGCACCGACAAUACCCCAUGA